AUGCAAUCAGUGUUAUUAAAUUCGGACAAAAUAAUAGGAGUGUAUAAACUUGAAGCAAAAUCAUUUAAUAUCAAACAUAAAUGUAAGCUGUGUGCCAAACAUCUCGGCUUUAAAACACAAGAAGAUACCCCUAUAUUCCUGUCCGAGCAUCUAACCCCUAAAGGAGCGCGUUUACAUUUCUUGGCGCGUGAUCUGGCCAAGUCAAAGAACUAUAAAUUCUGCUGGACCGCCUAUGGUAAAGUAUAUGUAAGAGAGAAUGAAAACUCUCCAAUUAUAAUGAUACGUAAUGAAAGUCAAGUACACCAACUUCUGGGUAGCCAGCAGCAGGAACCCCAAGUAAUCUGA